AUGGCCGUCACCGUGUGGCAAGAUGCGCUCAACAUCAUUGCGCAGGAGAGCGGGCUGGAGCCCGCAGAAAUCAUCGAGACGGAGGACACGGCGUUUCUCACGCUCGGCAUCAAUCAGAUCCUCGCCACGGCCAUCCUGGCGCACCUGAGAGGGCCUCGUGGAGAGCCUCUCCCACGAGACAUCUUUGACCAGAAGCCCACGGUUGGUGCGUUCCGCCGCUUCUACGAGACCCCUAUUCACCUGGACAUUGCUCCCGUCGCGGCACCCGCGCCGCCCAAGCUGAAGCGCGUGCCGUCGUCCUCUGUCCCGCUGUCCAUCGUCUUGCAAAACAACCCGGCGUCGAGCCGGCACACGGUGUUCCUCCUCCCGGACGGCAGCGGCUCGGCCAUGGCCUACGCCAACCUCCCGCCCGUCCACCCGGCCGUCUGCAUCGUCGGCAUGAACAGCCCGUACCUGCGCGACGCCGGCUCGUACCGCUGCUCCGUGGAAGACCUGGCAUCGCAAUGGGUCCGUGAAGUCUACCGCCGCCAACCACGGGGGCCGUACAUUGUCGGCGGGUGGUCGGCCGGAGGCUACUACUCGUACGAGGUGGCCAAGCGCCUCCUGCAGGACGGACACGCCGUCGCCAAGCUGAUCCUGAUCGACUCGCCGUGCCGCACCGUCUUUGAGUCCCUGUCCAUGGACGUCGUCAACUACCUCUCCUCUCGAAACCUCAUGGGCAACUGGGGCUCUCCGGAGAUGCCCGAGUGGCUGGUGCAGCAUUUCCGCUCGACGCUGGCCGCCGUGGGCAAGUACCGCCCGCGGCCCAUCGGCUCGGCUGGCAAGAUGCAGACGUACAUCAUCUGGAGCCGAGACGGCGUGCUGGAUCACGACGCGCUGGCCAGGUCUGGACUCGACACGAGCGUCAAGGUGUCCCGAUUUCUGCUGCAGGGCAAGGAUGACCUGGGGCCGAAUGGAUGGGACGACCUGCUGCCCAGCAAGGACAUGGCUAUUGCGACGCAAUCGGGGACGCACUUCACCAUGAUUAACAAGCCUCAUGUGGCGCAGAUGAGCGAUCUCUUGCGUGAUGCCGUGAUUGGCAUCGGCUCUGACCGACAGUCGCACUGGCAGCGAGUGAGCGAGUCAUGA